ACGCACGGAGGAGAGAGCAGCUUAGCAACGCAGAGACGGAGAGCAUCCCCGCAGGUCGAGACAGCGCSGUGCCAUCGAUAUCACASUCAGAGGGAGGAAAGAAAGACAGGACACAGCAGCGCUACUGGAAUCAGCUGAAGUCGACGCGUGAUGAAGUUCGUAGUGGUGCUGGUGGGAGCGGGCUCUCUCGCCUUCCUCGGCGCGGUCAUCUGCAUCAUCGCCAGCGUUUAUCCCCGAAAACGCGGCGUGACCGCCGGCGAUAACAGCACYAUGACCUCGGAGGCGCUGAUCCAGCCUCUGGAGUCCGGGUCGGUGGCUCACGCCGGGCCGCUGGGAGCUCUGCACGGCCCGGGGUCUUACGAAGUGGACAACGGACUGGGCGGCAUCGACCUGGAGGUCCCCACGCUGAACGAGCUGAAUCUGGGGAAGGAGACGGCAGGCGGGUCGGCGAAGCAUUACAGCUUCAGUCGGCUGAUUUGUACUCCUCUACCUGUUGGGGAGUGUAAGACSAAAGAYCUGAGGCAGAAACGGGAGCAGAAGCAGCAGCAGGCGGAUGAGCCUCCAUACGGGAACGGGGGAGACGAAGACCUCCGGACGACAGCGGAGAACCUCCGGCAGAUGGUCUUACAGCAGAACGACCAAAUCCUCAUGGACCAGCGGACCAUCCGGGAGCUGACGGGAAAGCUGAGUGAGUGUGAGAGUGGCCUGGAGGACGAGAGGACCACACCGGCGCGGAGCGUCGGGGUGUGGAGCGGGAACCGCCGCGUGAUGGCCGGGGACGACGUGAGCUCUACCUCGGCGGCGCAGCUGCAGACGGCCCGGGCGGUGGAGGAGCUGGCCAGGGCCAUCAUGGACCUGAAGGACCGGAUCGAAAAACUAGAGGCGGAGAUAGGUCCCGGAGCCCUGAACCUCACAGAUUCAUCGGUCGUCGGCAGCAGCAGCAGCGGUAGCCACGGCGGCGGCAACACCCAGACCGGGGACACUGGCAGGACUCCAUCUUCGUCGGCCGGCGGCUCUCCAUCCCCCGCAGCGGGGGGUGCYCCGGGAAGCCGUCGUCCUGCUUCCCCGCACUCCCACGGCUCUAGGCCGACUUCUUCCAAAGGUUCCCCCGGCCGGGGAAAGAGCGUCUGGAGGGUGGAGGACCUCGAAGGGGAACUGGAGAGGAAGAUAAAACUGCUGAAGAAGGAGCGCCAGGGCAUGAGGAAGGAGACGCAAGAUCAGCACGAGAAGAUCGACAAGGGCAUCGACUCCGUCAACCACCGCAUCAUGGAGCUGGAGCACACGCUGACAGAGCCUUCGUUUCCCGACGGCUUCGUGCUCUCCUUCCCCAUGCGGACCAGCUACAUGCACGGCCUGGUGAGGAAAGAGAUCACCGAGAUGUACGCCUUCACUGCCUGUGUGUGGCUCAAGCCCAAAGAGGGGGGCAUCGGGACCCCCUUCUCGUACUCCGUGCCCGGGCAGCCCAACGAGCUGGUCCUGCUGCAGGGAGUCCACAAUCCUGUCGAGCUGCUCAUAAAUGACAAGGUGGCGCAGCUUCCUCUGUCCCUACCCCAGAAUGAGUGGCAGCACAUCUGCGUCAGCUGGACCCUGCGAGACGGGGUGUGGAAGGCCUUCCAGGGGGGCAAGAUGAAGGGCAGAGGAGAGGGACUGGCUGCCUGGCAUCCCAUCAAGCCUGGGGGAGUCCUGAUACUGGGACAGGAGCAGGACACGCUAGGCGGGCGUUUCGACGCCUCCCAGGCUCUGGUCGGGGAGCUGUCCCAGUUCAACCUGUGGGACCGGGUGCUGAAGCCCGCCGAAGUGGCCGCUCUCGCCGACUGCAGUUCCUCGGCGCUGGGCAACAUCGCCCCCUGGACCGAUCAGGACAUAGAUGUCUACAACGGCGCCACCAAGGAGUCCCUGGACCCGUGCCACGCCGCCCAGAGAUCCAGCCCCUCCGGCCCCAAGCAGUGAACGCUUCACGGGGGGGGGGGGGGGAGGAACCAGCCAAUCACAGCUCUGUUUGGCGGUCUACAUUCAGAUGUUUAAAGCUAUACCAAACCGGAGUUUAGAGUAUAUUUUGCUUAAAGGCGGGUCUUGCUGGUCAACUGAAGGGUUUGUGCUACCGAGCUGUAAAGAGUGGUGUAUUCGUUUCGUUCUUUGUGUUGGUGUACACGCACAUGUGUUUACUUCUGCAGCGAGAUACGGCGCCUUCAGUCACAGAAUCACUUGUAAAGGCAGCACAGUGGAUCAGCUUCUGGCUUUUACAGCUUCAAUGAAAAAGCUGUAAAAGCAAAACUGCGUUUCCAUUGACCACACAAGUGCGCAAAUUGGAAUUUGCUAAAUGGAAACAAGAGGCAUUUUCGAUGAAACUUACAUUUUUCAGUAAAAACGUUUUGCAAUAGGAUGAGUUGCAAAAUUUCGCAAAACUACAGCAGGAACACUGUAGGUGUUAGGAGGACAUACAUGGCAUGUCUUUUAUCAACUUAUUGUGUGAACAAAUGUAUUCGCUCGAUUUCAAUGACGUUACUUAUUUGACGGCAACACAAAACUUGCAAAAUUGUGUUUCUUUUCCCAACAAUUAGCAGAAAAUCAAGAAAUGUUUGCGCACAUUUGCAAUGGAAACGCAGCCGGAGACACGUCUUGUCAUUUAACACUUAGGGGAUUGUUCAGGCAGAAGGUCUGAUGGCUUCGUGUUAGGGUGAACACGAAGGAUUAUGUUAUGUAUGAAGCUGCAGUUAUUCCAUUUCUAAGGUUUCUCAGACAGCACAGUGACGCCAGGUUCUGUCUCCGCUCGUCAUGGUCAUUCAAAAUGCUUCAGAUGAAACCUGUUGUGCUAAUUUUUUACUUUUUCACUAAAAUGAUAAAAAAAAAGUUUUUUUUGUUUUGUUUUUUUUUUUGUUUUUUUAACGUAUGUGAUUCCGUUGAGUAACUGUGAUUUUAGGUUUUCUAUAGUGCACACCACAAUUUAGUAAAAUGUUUGACUCUAAAUGUGCAAGUGUAACGUCCUCUUGGUAAUGUUGCUCUGUUCUUAGUCCGCUCUCCUGCUUCGCUGUAAGAAUGUCUCACACUUCACCGUCCCACAGUUCAGGGGACGAAUUAAACUCUGCUGCUGCACAACACAUAUAUCUCCUCUGACUUCUAAGAAAUAAACACUUUGCCUCCCAGACCGCACGUCGGACACAAGCGGUUACGGCGUGUAUGGUGAAACUGAUACUCUCUGAAUGUAAACCAGAUGAAAUAAGUAUGUCUGCAUGAGUGUUUCUUGUUUGUGAAAAAAAAAACACACGAAAAAGACAAACUUGCAAAUGAAUCAGAUUUUCCCAUUAAGAAAUAUUUCAGUAGGAAAUCAUAACCUCUCAGAGAAAAUGCUUAAUGGCAGUGGAUUGAUUGGAUUGAUUCUUGAGUUAUGAAGAAGAAAUCUGUUAUAUAAUUGGCAGUUAUGUGGAGAAAAAAAACCAACGCCUUUAUCUCAUGCCUUUAUCUAAGUGAAGAAAAAGAGAAAACGAGCAAAUAAACAGAAAAGAUGCUUUUGAAACACUGCA